GGCGGGUCCGCUUGGCUUCAGCGUCAGCGUCGCUCCCGCGCUGGGGCGCUAGGCCGGCUUUUCUCCGCGGGCCGCAGUUAAGUGUCGGCGGCGAGGGGCGCGCGAAGGGCCGCCAGCCGCGCGGCGUCGGCCGUGGCGUCGGGGUCGUUGUGUCGUGACAACGACUCCCGUAGCCGUCUCCGCGACAGCACGUGCGGCCGCUUUAGCCCCAGGCGGGCUCAGCGGCUGCCUGGCGAGUCUGUGCUCGCGCCCAGCCCUUUCCUUCCUGGACCCAGCGCCAAGCAGCGACGCUGAGCCGACCGGCGGAGCGGCGGGCAAUGGCGGCCUCGACGGCCUCGCAUCGGCCCAUCAAGGGGAUCCUGAAAAACAAGAGUUCUACGACUUCCUCUGUGGUGGCCUCGGCCGAGCAGCCCGGCAGGAGUGUCGACGAAGAGCUGAGUAAAAAAUCCCAGAAGUGGGACGAAAUGAACAUCCUGGCGACAUAUCAUCCAGCAGACAAAGACUAUGGUUUAAUGAAAAUAGAUGAACCUAGCACUCCUUACCAUAGUAUGGUAGGUGAUGAUGAAGAUGCAUUGAGUGAUUCAGAAGCCACUGAAGCCCUGACCCCAGAUAUCUUAGCUAAGAAAUUAGCUGCUGCUGAAGGCUCAGAGCCAAAGUAUCGGGUUCAUGAACAAGCAAGCAGUGAAGAUGAGGAUAGUGACCUCUCACCUGAAGAACAAGGUAAAAAAAAGCGACAGUUUGAAAUGAAAAGGAAGCUUCACUACAAUGAAGGACUGAAUAUUAAAUUAGCUAGACAAUUAAUUUCAAAAGACCUACAUGAUGAUGAGGAAGAUGAAGAAAUGUCAGAGACUGCAGCCGAAGAAAGCAUGAACAUGGAAGAGUCAAAUCAAGGAUCUGCUGCAAGUGACCAACUGCAAAACAAAUCACAGAGUUCAUAGAAAAGAUUUGUUCAACACUGUAAUUGUCAGAUACAGACCCUGUUACUAUAAUACACUGCUUCUUGUUCUCAACAAUUCAUGACUUAAGUACCAAAAUGCAUACCAGUUAUUAUAUAUUGCCAAGAAUUAAAUGACUUUCAAGACUAA